CGUGUUGAAAUAAUACAAGACAUCACCUGCAUCGUAAUAUACAUGACCAAUAGACCAUGGGAAACGAAACCACAGACUUCACCGACUGGCCACUGACAACAGAAUUUGACUACAGUGAUUCGACGCCUUGCCCUGCAACUGAGGAAAAGCAUUUUGCAGCAAUUUUUUUGCCACCUCUUUAUUCUUUAGUGGUGAUAUUUGGCCUGACAGGCAACAUGCUUGUUGUCCUUAUCCUGGUAAAAUACAAGAGGCUGAAGAGUAUGACUGACAUCUACCUGCUCAACUUGGCAAUCUCCGAUCUGCUGUUUGUAUUUUCUCUCCCUUUUUGGGCUUAUUAUGCAGUUCACGACUGGAUUUUUGGGGAGGCGAUGUGUCGAAUUCUGUCAGGUGUCUACCUCCUUGGCUUCUACAGUGGCAUCUUUUUCAUAAUCCUUUUGACUCUGGACAGGUACCUGGCCAUCGUGCAUGCAGUGUUUGCUUUGAAAGCCAGGACAGUUAGCUACAGCAUCCUCGCCAGCAUUGUCACUUGGGCUGUUGCUGCCCUUAUUUCUGUCCCUGGGGUAGUAUUUCACAAAACUCAGAAGGAAAGUUCAGGCUAUACUUGUAGUGCUCAUUAUCCAUCAGAGCAGAGAAAUACAUGGAAGCAGUUCCUGACCUUAAAAAUGAAUAUCCUGGGACUUCUUAUUCCAAUGUUAAUCAUGAUUUGCAGCUACACACAAAUUAUAAAGACGUUACUGCAAUGUAGGAAUGAGAAGAAACAUAAAGCGGUCAGGCUUAUUUUUAUUAUCAUGAUUAUCUACUUUAUUUUCUGGGCACCAUACAACAUUUGCAUUCUCUUGCGUGAUUUUCAAGGUGCAUUUUCUAUCUCUACUUGUGAAGGGAAUGGUCAACUGCACAAAGCAAUUCAAGUGACAGAAACAAUCUCAAUGAUCCAUUGUUGUAUCAACCCUAUAAUUUAUGCCUUUGCUGGAGAAAAAUUUAGGAAAUACCUUCACAGCUUUUUCCGAAAACAGAUUGCAGUCCACUUGUCUAAAUUCUGUCCUGUUUUCUAUGCUGACACAGCUGAACGACCAAGCUCCAGCUACACACAAUCUACUGGAGAACAAGAAGUUUCUGCUGCAUUAUAA